AUGCGAGAACGACGUCUCAUGAUGAACCCGAAAUUCGGAAUGCACAGCCUCCCGUUUGAGAUGUGUGCUAAAAUGAUAAGAAGAGAAUUCAGUUGGGCGGAAGGUCGAUGUGUUCAAAAACUUCAUGAUGAGAGCAUCCAUGACGACAACGAUAUGUAUGAAGAGCAUAUGUAUUCCGAAAAAAAUAAUGCAUUCGACGAAUAUAUGUCACCCGAUGCAAUUCGCGGGCACAUCAAGGACAUUGUUCGUGGUAUUUCUGAUAAGUCCUUCGAGUUGACUGAUAAAAACGAAGACGGAUAUUUGGAUGAAGAUGAGAUUGAAGAGUACAUUAACACGAAAAUGGGAUACUCGAUAUUGGUUUCACCGAAAUUGGUUGUGAAACAUUAUGAUAGCGACGAAAAUGGUAAAUUGGAUAAAGAAGAAGUGUGGCGGAUAGUCGAGACCAAGGAUCCCGAUUAUUUCAAAAUUCUUCCCGAGGUUAUGGAACAAAACAUGCUUUUGCUUCACGGUGGAGUCCAAGAAGAUCAUCUUGAGCAGAGUCCUGUUGUGAGUGAGGAUGGCGUCGUAAUUCGCUAUUAG